AUGACGACCCACGUCACGCUUGAGGAUGCCUUGUCCAACGUGGACUUGCUGGAGGAGCUGCCCCUGCCAGACCAGCAGCCAUGCAUUGAACCUCCUCCCUCCUCCAUCAUGUACCAGGCUAAUUUUGACACAAACUUUGAAGACAGGAAUGCCUUUGUGACAGGCAUUGCCAGGUACAUCGAGCAGGCCACGGUGCACUCCAGCAUGAAUGAGAUGCUGGAAGAAGGCCACGAGUAUGCUGUGAUGCUCUACACGUGGAGGAGCUGCUCACGAGCCAUCCCUCAGGUAAAAUGUAACGAACAGCCAAACCGAGUGGAGAUUUAUGAGAAAACAGUGGAAGUCCUGGAGCCAGAAGUCACCAAGCUUAUGAAGUUCAUGUAUUUUCAGCGCAAGGCCAUCGAGCGGUUCUGCAGUGAGGUCAAGCGCCUGUGCCACGCUGAGAGGAGGAAGGACUUCGUGUCUGAGGCCUAUCUCCUCACUCUGGGCAAAUUCAUCAACAUGUUCGCUGUCCUGGAUGAGCUGAAGAACAUGAAGUGCAGCGUCAAAAAUGAUCAUUCUGCUUACAAAAGAGCUGCGCAGUUCCUGCGGAAGAUGGCAGACCCCCAGUCCAUCCAGGAGUCCCAGAACCUCUCCAUGUUCCUGGCAAACCACAACCGCAUCACUCAGUGUCUGCACCAACAACUAGAGGUUAUCCCUGGCUAUGAGGAGUUGCUGGCUGAUAUUGUCAACAUCUGUGUGGAUUACUAUGAAAAUAAGAUGUAUCUCACCCCCAGUGAGAAGCACAUGCUCUUAAAGGUGAUGGGAUUUGGCCUGUAUCUCAUGGAUGGGAAUGUCAGCAACAUUUACAAGUUGGAUGCCAAGAAGAGAAUCAACCUUAGCAAAAUAGACAAAUUCUUCAAGCAGCUGCAGGUGGUUCCUUUAUUCGGCGAUAUGCAGAUAGAACUGGCCAGAUACAUUAAGACCAGUGCUCACUAUGAGGAGAACAAAUCCAAGUGGACGUGCACUCAGAGCAGCAUCAGCCCCCAGUACAACAUCUGUGAGCAGAUGGUGCAGAUCCGGGACGACCACAUCCGCUUCAUCUCGGAGCUGGCGCGCUACAGCAACAGCGAGGUGGUCACUGGCUCAGGCCUGGACAGCCAGAAGUCAGAUGAGGAGUACAGGGAGCUCUUUGACCUGGCUUUACGGGGACUGCAGCUGCUCUCCAAGUGGAGUGCCCACGUCAUGGAAGUGUACUCUUGGAAGCUGGUUCAUCCCACAGAUAAGUUCUGUAACAAGGAUUGCCCAGGAACAGCCGAGGAGUAUGAGAGAGCCACCCGGUACAACUACACCAGUGAGGAGAAGUUUGCCUUUGUGGAAGUGAUUGCCAUGAUCAAAGGCCUGCAAGUGCUGAUGGGGAGGAUGGAGAGUGUCUUCAACCAGGCCAUCCGCAACACCAUCUACGCAGCCCUGCAGGACUUUGCCCAGGUCACCCUGAGGGAGCCUCUCCGACAGGCUGUCAGGAAGAAGAAGAAUGUUCUGAUCAGUGUCCUUCAGGCAAUUCGGAAGACAAUCUGUGACUGGGAGGGAGGUCGAGAGCCUCCAAAUGAUCCUUGCCUGAGGGGUGAGAAGGAUCCCAAAGGUGGAUUUGAUAUUAAAGUCCCACGACGAGCUGUGGGACCAUCGAGCACACAGCUUUACAUGGUGCGGACCAUGCUGGAGUCCCUCAUAGCAGACAAGAGUGGCUCAAAGAAGACACUGAGGAGCAGCUUGGAUGGGCCAAUAGUCUUGGCCAUUGAGGAGUUUCACAAGCAAUCCUUCUUCUUCACCCACCUUCUCAACAUCAGUGAAGCUCUGCAGCAGUGCUGUGACCUGUCCCAGCUCUGGUUCAGGGAGUUCUUCUUGGAGCUGACCAUGGGCCGCCGCAUCCAGUUCCCCAUCGAGAUGUCCAUGCCCUGGAUCCUCACAGACCAUAUUUUGGAAACCAAAGAACCCUCCAUGAUGGAGUAUGUGCUGUACCCCCUGGAUCUCUACAAUGACAGUGCAUACUAUGCUUUGACAAAGUUCAAAAAGCAGUUCUUGUAUGAUGAAAUUGAAGCUGAAGUGAAUUUGUGCUUUGAUCAGUUUGUGUACAAGCUGGCAGAUCAGAUCUUUGCCUAUUACAAAGCAAUGGCUGGCAGUGUUUUACUGGACAAACGUUUCCGGGCUGAGUGCAAGAAUUACGGGGUGAUCAUUCCAUACCCACCAUCCAACCGCUACGAAACGCUGCUCAAGCAGAGGCACGUCCAGCUGCUGGGCAGAUCAAUCGACCUGAACAGGCUCAUUACCCAGCGCAUCUCUGCAGCCAUGUACAAAUCAUUAGACCAGGCCAUCAGCCGCUUUGAGAGCGAGGACCUGACAUCCAUCGUGGAGCUGGAGUGGCUCUUGGAAAUCAACCGCCUGACUCACAGGCUGCUGUGCAAGCACAUGACUCUGGACAGCUUCGAUGCCAUGUUCCGCGAGGCCAACCACAACGUGUCCGCGCCCUAUGGGCGCAUCACCCUGCACGUCUUCUGGGAGCUCAACUUCGACUUCCUGCCCAACUACUGCUACAACGGGUCCACCAACAGGUUUGUGAGGACAGCGAUCCCCUUCACACAGGAACCCCAACGGGACAAGCCAGCCAACGUCCAGCCCUAUUACCUCUACGGGUCCAAGCCCCUCAACAUUGCCUACAGCCACAUCUACAGCUCCUACCGCAACUUCGUGGGGCCACCUCACUUCAAAACCAUCUGUCGGCUCCUGGGCUACCAAGGCAUUGCUGUGGUCAUGGAAGAGCUGCUGAAGAUCGUCAAGAGCCUGCUCCAAGGCACCAUCCUGCAGUAUGUGAAGACUCUGAUUGAAGUAAUGCCCAAGAUCUGCCGCUUGCCAAGACAUGAAUAUGGCUCUCCAGGAAUCCUGGAGUUUUUCCACCAUCAGCUGAAGGACAUCAUUGAGUAUGCAGAGCUGAAGACAGACGUGUUCCAGAGCCUCAGAGAAGUGGGCAAUGCCAUUCUCUUCUGCCUCCUUAUCGAGCAGGCUUUGUCCCAGGAAGAAGUUUGUGAUUUGCUGCAUGCUGCUCCCUUCCAAAAUAUUUUGCCCAGGGUCUACAUCAAAGAAGGAGAACGCUUGGAGGUGCGCAUGAAGCGUCUCGAAGCCAAGUAUGCCCCACUUCACCUGGUUCCCCUAAUAGAGAGGCUGGGCACUCCGCAGCAAAUAGCCAUCGCCCGGGAGGGGGACCUGCUGACCAAGGAGCGGCUGUGCUGCGGGCUCUCCAUGUUCGAGGUGAUCCUGACGCGCAUCCGGAGCUACCUGCAGGACCCCAUCUGGCGUGGGCCGCCCCCCACCAACGGCGUCAUGCACGUGGACGAGUGCGUGGAGUUCCACCGGCUCUGGAGCGCCAUGCAGUUCGUGUACUGCAUCCCCGUGGGCACCAACGAGUUCACAGCAGAGCAGUGCUUUGGAGAUGGUCUGAACUGGGCAGGUUGCUCUAUCAUUGUUCUCCUUGGACAGCAACGACGCUUUGACCUCUUUGACUUCUGCUACCACUUGCUGAAGGUGCAGAGGCAGGAUGGAAAGGAUGAAAUCAUAAAAAACGUGCCCUUGAAGAAGAUGGCCGACAGGAUCAGGAAGUACCAGAUCCUGAACAACGAGAUCUUUGCCAUCCUGAACAAGUACAUGAAGUCGGUGGAAACAGACAGUUCCACGGUGGAGCACGUGCGCUGCUUCCAGCCCCCCAUCCACCAGUCGCUGGCCACCACCUGCUAG